AUGGAGAACGGGAAGCAAGGCGCCGUGGAAGAGAUUUUGCUGCCGAAGCAGAAGGAAAGCAAUCUCUCGAGGGAAGCUUUUGUUGAAGAGGUGAAGAGAGUGGGAUUCUUGGCGGCGCCGAUGGUUGCCGUUACUUUGUCGCAGUUUUUGUUGCAGAUGGUGACGAUGAUGAUGGUCGGUCAUCUUGGAGAACUUGCUCUCUCCAGCAGCGCCGUAGCCAUUUCCAUUUCUGGAGUUACAGGCUUCAGUGUUCUCUUGGGUUUGUCCAGCGCCCUCGAAACUCUAUGUGGACAAGCUUAUGGAGCUCGGCAAUAUCAAAAACUUGGAACUCAGACCUACACUGCUAUAUUUUGCAUCUUCUUAUUUUCCAUUCCUAUAUCCCUAUCAUGGAUUUUCUUGGAAAAGCUACUUAUCUUCUUUGGUCAAGAUCCUCGGAUUUCGCACGAAGCUGGGAAGUUCAUUGUUUGGCUGAUUCCUGCGCUCUUUGCUUGUGCAUUUCUUCAACCAUUGGUGAGAUAUUUCCAGGCACAAAGUUUAGUAAUCCCCAUGGUCAUUUGUUCUUCUAUCACUCUCUCCUUCCACGUACCAUUUUGUUGGUUCAUGGUGUACAAGGCUGAACUCAGAAAUCUGGGAGGAGCAUUAGCUAUGAGUUUGUCAUAUUGGCUGAACGUGAUUUUGCUAGCAUUAUACAUGAUAUUUUCACCUAAGUGUGCGACAACCCGUGGAGUCAUUUCUAUGGAGAUGUUUCGAGGAAUUCAGGAGUUCUUUAGCUUGGCCAUUCCUUCUGCGGUGAUGGUUUGCCUCGAAUGGUGGUCAUUUGAGCUGCUUAUCUUACUUUCAGGGUUGUUACCGAAUCCGGAGCUUGAAACUUCAGUUUUAUCUGUUUGUCUCAAUACAAUUGCUACACUUUAUUCGAUACCAUAUGGACUUGGUGCUGCAGGAAGCACAAGAGUCUCCAAUGAACUAGGUGCUGGGAAUCCGCAAGCGGCUCGUCGGGCAACAAGCGUUGCUAUAUUCCUCGGCGUUGUGGAAACCUCAAUAUUGACAUCAACCCUUUUUGCUCUUCGUCGUGUCUUUGGUUAUGCUUUUAGCAAUGAGAAGGAUGUUGUGGAUUAUGUGGCCUCCAUGGCACCUCUGGUUUGCUUAUCCGUGAUAUUCGACAGUAUCCAGGGAGUCCUUUCAGGUGUUGCUAGAGGAUGUGGAUGGCAGCACAUUGGUGCUUAUGUAAACUUGGGGGCCUUCUAUCUUUGUGGGGUUCCAGUUGCUGCAAUUCUUGCUUUCUUGGUGCACCUGAGAGGAAGAGGCCUUUGGAUUGGUAUACAAACUGGGGCUUUUGUGCAAACGGCGUUGCUCUCCUUCAUUACCAGCCGGAUAAAUUGGGAAGAACAGGCAAGAAGGGCAGGUGAGAGGCUUUCUAUUUCCGAAGGCAGUUAUUCAGAAGAUUAUGGAUUUAUUUGAUCGGAGCAAACAGAUCGGAUUUCUAUCUUUUUUUUUUUUUUUUUUUUUUUUUUUUUUUUUUUUUUUUUUAAGCUAUGUAAGAGAUCUUGAGACCGUCCACUUUUUUGUGAAAAUUUUAGAACUUAUUAAACGAUUUUGAGUUGCAUGAUUCAAA